AUGAAUCAAACAAUCAUGGAAGACGAUUUACCAUUGAAACUUAUUGAAUUAUCUGAUUUUCUUCGUUCACCAUCAAUACUUUCGAAAAGACUUUCGUUCAAAGAAACAAAACUUCAAGAAAAUUUACCUUCGAAUAAAGUUGAACAAGGCAAAAAAGGCAAAGAAAAUCUACCCGGAAUCAUUUUAUUAACCCAAAAAGCCAUUUCGAAUGAAGUUAAUCAGCCAAUUCAAAAGGAAUUAAUUGUAUCAAAUGAUGUUAUCAUCUUUGCUGAUGAUGUCGAUCGCAAAAAACUCGGAAUUUUACAAAAAUCCAAUCACUUUUUUUCCAGACAUUUGUUAAUCACAUCCGGAGCAGCACUUCAAGCAUUAAUUUCUCCAUUAACUAAUGCUAAAGAAUGGAUUAUUGUUUGUAAAUUAAAGUAUUGUAAACUUUACACGAAACAACCAUCAAUUCAUGGAACUGUAAUUAUUUCAUUGAAUAUAACUCAUCCAUUAGUUCGAUAUGAACUCCUCACUGCUUUGGAUUUAUUACAACAAACAUUCAAUGAGGUUAAAUCAGCGUACAUUGUGAUUGAUUUUUCUCAAAUUUUAACACGAUGGUUUAAAACAUAUCUUCGACGAACUGAUCAAUAUCCUUCGCUAUCUCAUCGUCUAUUAUAUCGAUAUCAAUUUCAACCAUGGAAAUGUUCAAUCACUCUUGGCAAAAGACAAAUUCAACAUGAAAAUGAUCAUCAUCAUUUUGGGAUGAGUAUACAAAAAAUGUUAUAUAAAUCUGAUAUUCCAAUGCAGAUUUACAUCAAUUUCAAUACUCUACCAACGAAUGUUUAUUCUAUCGAAUUGAACAAUGUUUUCAUCUAUUCAAUGAACAAUGAUCACAAACAAAUGAUCAAAGAUAUGGGAAAUGGAUUAUCAUUAAUUUCUAUUCAAGAUCUUAACUCUUCAAAAGAUCAACAAAUUGAGAAAAAAGAAGAAAAAACUCCCAAACAACAACAACAACAACAACAAACAGAUGAGACAAAUUCAGUUCUGUCGACUUAUGAACCUAAUGAACAAGAACGAAUGUUAUUUGAAAAACUUUGGGAUAAUCGAAUCAGAAUUCAAAUGCAACAUCAACAAUUAAUGAUGAAAGCAACACGAUUUAUUUGUUUUCCUUCGACAAAUGACGAUAUCAAAAAUAAUAACAAACUCAAUCAACAAAUGAUCAAAUGUAUUCCGUAUUAA